AUGGCAGUAAUAAGUUUUGCUACAACAGAUGUACCCGAUGUUGGUCAACGUCGUAAAAAUGCAUUAUCAUUACCACUAUAUUAUGUACAAAUAUUAGCGAUUAUUCUUAUUUUAUUUAUUGUUUUAAUGAAUUAUUUAACAUUAUGUGUGAAUAUUCCAACACAUCCAUGGCAAUGGUUAAGUAUUGUUAUAUCAUCAGUGUUUAUUCUUCCAUUUUUAAUUCUUUUUAUUAUAAUCACACUUGUUGAUCCAGCUGAAGAUUCAGUAAUCAAUCAAAAUCAUGGACCACGAACUGAUUUUGAUCGAAAUUUACAUCAACAUGUUAUAACAAAUUAUUAUUGUAAUAUAUGUGAUGCACAUGUUACAGCGAAAGCAAAACAUUGUUCAUCAUGUAAUAAAUGUGUCUAUUCAUUUGAUCAUCAUUGCAUAUGGCUAAAUACCUGUGUUGGAGGCAAAAAUUAUCGUCUUUUUUUCUCCAUGUUAAUUUUAAUUGUUAUUGGAACAUUAUUUAUUUUUAUCAAUAGUUUACUUCAAUUUAUUGGUUCGUUUCAAAAUUCAUCUUCAAUGAUAAGUUUAAAACCAUAUUAUGGCUUAGAUCAAUAUGCUAUAUUAAUGAUUCCAUCAUCACAAGCUGCAUUUCAAGUUAUAUCAAUGAUUGUAGCAGUUAUUUCUAUUGUUGCAUUUGGAAUGACAGGAUAUCUUCUUGCUUUUCAUAUCUUUCUAUAUUAUCAAAAAAUGUCAACAUAUGAUUAUGUUGUUCAUCGACGACAUAAUCGUACAAUCGAUCAAACAUUAACACAAUUUAAUCAACUGACUCAAAAUCCAAAUGCAGAACAAAAAAAUUUACAACAAAAAAAAUUGAAAAAUAAUCGAGUAGGGCUGGCAAAAGAAAAUGGUACAACAAAUCAACCUCAAAAUGGACGAAUUUUUACAGUGGAAGAAAAUCAUAGAGAAAAUCCACGAUCUUUAUCAAGCUGUGGAAAUACAAAUCAACAAUCUUACAUCGUUAAUAAAUCCUAUCAAGAUGAAGACGAACAGUAUUAA